AUGAUAAUCACUAUUGUCAUCAUCACCACAAACAUCAUCACUAUCAUCACCAUCAACAUCACUACCAUUAUCACUACUGUCAUCAUCACUACAAUCAUCACCAUCACCACCACCAUCAUCACCAUUACCAUCCCACCAUCAUCAUCACCACCACCCCCUCUGGCCCUGGCUCAGGAAGAGACACCAACAGGGGCCAGCAUAGACCAUGAUAGAGGGGAGGGCAAAGCCCCAUUGACCAGGGUGCCAGAACAAAAGGAAUCACAUUGUAGUUCCACUAUCCAGAACCUCCAGUCUCUCCACCCGUUUACUGAUGCAAGUAAGAGUGAUGCUCUGCUUCCUACUGGCACUGAGGAUUAUAACUAUAUAAGAAUUCGACAGAGUAACAGCAGGAAGACCCUUACUACUGUCCAAGGGUUCGCUGAUGAUUACAAUAAAAAGAAACUAGUGAAGAUGUUCAAGGAGAAAUUUGCCUGCAAUGGUACUGUAAUGGAGCAUUCAGAAUGUGGAGAGUUAAUUCAGCCACGGGGCGACCAGCAAAAAAACAUGUCCCAAUUCCUCACAGAGACUGGACUGACUGAGGAUGACCAGUGGAAGGCUCAUGGGUUUUAA